AUGGAUGUACAACCGACUCCUUAUACUUUGGAAAAAGAAGAUACACUGCCAUUUUCCUCCUCUUAUCAACAUCCUUCCCCUCUUCAUCAUCAACAACAGCAUCAUCACCAGCAACAGCAACAGAUCGAACUCAAUGAUCAAAUGCUGGCUGCUAUGCCUCGCCGCCAGAAAAUUAGAUACGAAAAUGAUUACUAUACCCCCAAAUGGGUACGGUACACGGGUCACCUGAAAGAAGGCUAUUGUGAUCUUUGUCAACCAGGCAAAUGGCUCCAAUUGAAAAAUAGUGCUUACUGGUAUCACAAACAAUUUUAUCACGGUAUUUCCUCUGUGUCGGGUCAGCCUUUCCUGAAACCAUUAAAACAUCGCCUGGGUAAAGGAGAUGUUAUAGAAGGUCUUUGCCAUCAAUGUCAUCGAUACGUUUCAGCAUGUAAUGGCAAGAAAAAGAACAAUUAUAUGCUCUGGUAUAGGCAUGCACACAAGUGUCAUAUAUAUGAUAAACCUAAUUCAACAAAGACCAAUAUCAGAAAGUUAUCGAAUGAUACUAUAUCUACAGUAUCCUCUGUAUCGACUAUUGUUGACAUCAACAGUAGUGAUUUCAAAAGUUUUUAA